UGCCAAAAUAGAGACCGAAAGGCCCCUAUCUAAAUCUCCUCUCUCCCCACCUCUCUCUCUCUCUCUCUCUCUCUCUUAGCCGCUCGAUCAAAUGGCCACUUCUUCGAGAACCAGAUCCAACGGUCCAGUCUUGAGAUCGGUCUCCCCUUCUGGAAGAUUUUACUCCUCUUCAUCAUCUGCAUCACCUGCCUCGGCCUUCGCAUCUUCGUCUUCCAGCUUUUCUUCCCCAACCUCUUCGUUCUUCCACCGCUCCUCCUCCCCCACACGUGUCAAUCUCUACAGCCCGACACCAUCUGCCGCCACCGUCCGAUUUUCCAUCGACCGUUCGAUCUCCCCCGGCCGGUCCUUUGCGGUAGCCCCCGUCAAGAAGCCGCUGUCGACCCCACCCGCCCAGCGCAGGACUUGCAUGUGCUCGCCCACGACGCACCCUGGUUCGUUCCGAUGCAGCCUCCACAAGAACUUCAACCAUCAAUCCGUAUACUCGCCGUCGCAUAGGCUCAACGCUCGCCGAUCCGCGAUGACGAACUCGCUGGUUCGGAUCGGGACCGUGGAAGGGGACUUGGUCAAGCGCGCCCUUUCCGCUCUGAUCCGUCCGUCCUCUCAUCAGCAGAAGAGGAGGGCGGCGUUCCAGCCAAGGCUCAGCCGGCUCUCGACCAUGUCCAAGGCAGAGGAUUGAGUAGAUCUUGAUUAUUGUUUUUUUUAAAACAGGUUCGUUUAUAUUCUACUUUUUACAGCGGCAGAUCUUGAUCAGAUGUUUUAGAUCUGACGACGACGGAGAGUGUGAUCCUGAUAGACGGUCGAGAUGGAUCGAGAUAUUUUGUACUUUCAGGACGCAAACCCUUCCCUUGUACAUAUGCUUUUGUAGCCAUUUGAAGGCUAUUGAAGGAGAAGAACUCAAGAGAUUCAUUUCA